CUACAGCAACACCGCCGAGCCACCGCUGGCUUAGCAACAGGCGACCGUCUUUUUCUCUGGUGUUAAACGAUCUUUUUCUUUAUUAUGUAAACAUGUGUUUUUUAACCUAACGGCUUCUUUUUGGAUGACCACAACACCCCGAUUCUGCUGUUUAUUCUUUUGUUUUUUUUUUUAAAUCCCGAAUAUUUUAUUCAACUUUCAUUUACGCAAAGCUGGGGGAGAUGACGGCUGAAGUCGACCUCACCAAGAUGGCCGCCGUGGACGUGGAAGACGAGAGCAUCCUGGCUGCGAUUUUUAAAGACAGCUUCCCCGACAACUGGCGAGAGAACCCGGACUUUGCGGCUUACUUGUCCGAGCUGAGCUCGUUUGGGGUGGACAAGCUGACCCGGGAGCCGGAGAGGCUGGCGGAGGAGCGGGCUCAGAUCCUGCAGCAGACCCGGGAGCUCGCCUUCUGCAACUACAAGACCUUCAUCCGCACGGCCGACUGCACCCAGGAGAUCUACCGCGACUUCGGGCGGGUGGAGAGCAGCGUGUCGCGGCUCCUGGACAAGUUACCCGGGUUUGGGGAGAAAUGCAGGGCCUUCAUGACGGAGGCGGAGGACAUUGGGGCCAGCCGCCGGAUGAACAGCCUGACGCUGAACCGCCACACGGAAAUCCUGGAGAUCCUAGAGAUCCCACAGCUCAUGGACACCUGCGUCCGCAACGGCUACUACGAGGAGGCUCUGGAGCUGGCCGCCUACGUCAGGCGGCUGGAGAAGAAGCACUGCUGUCUCCCCGUUGUCCAGGGCAUUGUGCAUGAGGUGCGUCAGUCUGCUCAGCUCAUGCUGAACCAGCUGCUGCAACAGCUGCGCAGCAACGCCCAGCUGCCCGUCUGCCUGCGCGUGAUUGGCUACCUGCGGCGCAUGGACGUCUUUACGGAGGCGGAGCUGCGGGUGAAGUUCCUGCAGACACGGGGGAGCUGGCUGGGCUCCAUCCUGAGUGCCAUCCCGGACGGCGACCCUUACUUCCACAUCACCAAGACCAUCGAGGCGUGCCGCGUGCACCUCUUUGACAUCAUCACCCAGUACCGCGCCAUCUUCUCCGACGAGGACCCGCUGCUGGCCCCGGGGGGCCAGGCGGUGAAUGAGGGUGCCAUCUUCCACGGCUGGGUGGUGCAGAAGGUCUCGGAGUUCCUGGAAACCCUGGAGCGGGACCUGCAGCGUGGGGUGGGCAGCCGUCUGGACUCCUUACUGGGGCAGUGCAUGUACUUCGGGCUGUCCUUCAGCAGGGUGGGGGCCGAUUUCCGCGGCCAGCUGGCUCCCAUGUUCCAGAGGGUCGCCAUGGGCGCUUUCCGCCAUGCGGUGCAGGAUGCGGUGGUGCAGUUCCAGGAGGACAUGAAUUUGUACACCCUGAUCUCGGUACCAGUCAUGCUGGGCAGCACCAUCCCCGCCGCGCCGCCCGGCACCCAGCCUGGCACCCUCCAGCCCCCCAUGAUCCUCCUGGACUUCCCGCCGCUGGCGUGCUUUCUCAACAAUGUCUUGAUGGCCUUCAACGACCUGCGGCUCUGCUGCCCCGUGGCCCUGGCGCAGGACGUGACCAGCUGCUUGGAGGAGGCUCUCCUCAAGGUGACCAAGCUGAUCCUGGUGUUCCAGCGGGCCGAGGAGGCGGCCUUCAGCGACCGGGAGAGGGAGCUGUUCACACAGUUUUGCUGUGCCUUCGCCGAAGACAUGGUGCCUUUCCUGAAUCGCUGCCUGCAAGUCCUCUUCCCUCCUGCGCAGGUGGCUCUCAUACUCGGGAUCCAGCCCACACAAGUCCACAAGCACGGCUCCCUGGGCUGCAUUAAUGUGGGGGAGAUUCUGGAGCCGCUGGCCUUCAUCCUGCCCAAGAAGGAGGUGCUGCCCCCAGCAGGGGAGCUCGGCAGCGAUCUGGGGAGCGCGGGAGACGUGCCGGCCGGGGGGGGCUCCAGUCCCACGCAGGAGCCCCCCCACCCCCCUCUGUCCAGGCUGGAGGAUGCAGCGACGCCAGUGGUGCAGUCAACACCGGAGGAGGCUGGGCCGUAGCAACAACAGGAAGGCACGUGCUUCUCUGUUUCCACAGCACCUCAACUGGGCUUGUUCCUUCUUGAUGUGUCAGUUUUUUCAUCCUGGCCCAUGCUCUUUGACCAGUACCUCAUCUGUUUUUGAAGAAACCUGUUUGUUGUUCAUAAAACGUGCUUGCAUGUUCUCCCAGUGACUGAGAGAAUCUUCACAAGGAGCUCUGGUUUUCUCCCAGAUAACAAAGACGCACUACCUGGCUAUUCUAAAUUGUCCCUUGUAGCUGGCAGUCUCCACAUGGAUGUAUAAAAGAACAGUUUCUGUGAAUGUACAUUAUUGCAGUUUUGGAACACUGGUUCACACAUGAGAAAGGAGCCCAAUAUAUAGGGAGUUACAAUUUGUGCGCAGUUUUCAUAACAGUAAGAUUUUAGACUUCAGGAAAGAAGUUUGAAUGGCUGGUUACUUCUCUUGUAUCUGCCCUGGAUUUGGGAUCAUUCUUGUGCCAAGGCCUUCAUGACCUUCCUGCCAGCAGUCGGGCUCCUCUGACAAGCCCACCCAUGCAGCCAUCCCUUUCCUAACAAGGUCUGCAGGGACGGACCGGUGGGCUAGUGCCGACCGGAGGUGUGGCACGUCCCUGUCUUAAGCCCCAGAAGUCAAUGACGUGCUGAAAGAGGACUCUGAUUAAUCCCUGCCCUACUUAGGGAGAUGAAACUGCACACGUACAUCUCAUGAUUACGGCUUCGGCUCAAAAGGAAGAGGUCUUUACGCUUCUUAUGGUCCCUGGCAACAGCAGCGACUUCAUUUGGAUGAGAAACUACACUUGGUUGAAAGAGGAGUUUAAUGAUUAAUUAUCCAUCCUUCCACCUUGUUUUAUCCAGUUUAGGGUCGCGGGGGUAACCGAAGACUGCUGGGGCUGGCAGGCCCAUCACAGGGCAGGCAUGGACACACCAGGACCUAUAUACCCAGAAACCAGUUAACCUACCAGUAUGUCUUUGGACUGUGAGAGAAAACCAGAGCUUCUGGAGGAACUGCGAUAAGUUAUGUUCAUCUUAAUUUUUCUUCGUGGCCCUGAAGUAGAUGAGUAGUCUUUCAGUGGUGAGGGACAAUCAUGGUGAAGGGUGUAGACUCAAACAGAUAACCUCUGCCAUGUCUAGUUCAGAAAUUUCCUUGGUAGCUGAGCAGCUGCUCUUUAUGUUGUUUUCUCUGUUCUGAGGUGCCUGCGACAUUGACUUCUAACUUUCCUGUCUUUUGCAUUUUUAAUUUACGGGAAAUCACGCCCUUUGAAGCUGAAAAAAAUACUUUUCAAACCCAUGUUUGCCUUCUGACGCCUUAGAUGCUGGUUUUCGACUUUGAGAAGUGGUGGGGUUUCACAAUGUGGGGGGCAUAAUUUGUGUAAGGAAAUACAAGGGACAUCUGGGCUGUAAUAUAAAGAAUAAAUUUAUUUAUGAGUA